AUGGAUUCAUUAGGCGCAUCUGCCUUCCCCGGCGAUCCUAAAACGCAAAUCAUGCGUCAAGUCCAGCAAGAAGCCGCCAUGCAAAACGCGCGUAUGCUCGUCGAGAAGCUCAACGAACACUGCUUCGAGCGCUGCGUCCCGAAACCCGGCACCUCACUCUCCAAGGGCGAAGAGACUUGCUUUACAUCUUGCAUGGAGAAGUACAUGAGCGCAUGGAACACAGUGUCGAAGCAAUAUGUAGCGAGGAUACAGCGCGAGAGCGCCCAGAGCGGUGCGGUGCAGAACUUGUAA